AGCCGGCACCGCCCAUCCGCGUCCCGGAAGGAGCGAGCUUUCGGCGCCUGAACCAGUGAGUGAAAGCGGCGUCGUCCGCGGGCCGCAGGUGCGGCAACGCAAGCGUUAUCUGCCUCUUCUCUUAGGGCUCCUCGAAAGGAGGAGGGCGAGCCGCGUGCGUUCGCGCCGCGCCUCCUUGGCGUUUCUGUUCCCCAAAUAGGGCCUCUCCUCCCGCCGCCCAGGCCCCAGCGUGGACGGGUCGCGUCAGCCCCACAGAUUAGUUUCGCCGCGGCGCGCAGAUUCUGCCUUGCCUCCCCGUCCCGGUCCCUGGCCCCUGCUCUGUCGCCCGCCGCCGGAGCGGUGACAGCCCGGCCCGCCGUUCUUCUGCUGCCACCGCUGCCGGCACCAUGGGCAGUGAGCAGAGCUCCGAGGCCGAGAGCCGACCCAACGAUCUGAACUCCUCAGUGACUCCUUCACCAGCCAAGCAUAGAGCCAAGAUGGAUGAUAUUGUGGUUGUAGCUCAGGGCUCCCAGUCCUCACGGAAUGUCAGCAACGAUCCCGAUGUCAUCAAGUUGCAAGAGAUUCCAACCUUCCAGCCCCUUUUGAAAGGGCUGUUGAGUGGCCAGACUUCCCCAACAAAUGCCAAAUUGGAGAAACUGGACUCUCAGCAGGUGUUGCAGCUCUGCCUCCGAUAUCAAGAUCACCUGCAUCAGUGUGCAGAGGCGGUUGCUUUUGACCAGAAUGCUUUGGUUAAACGAAUCAAAGAGAUGGAUCUGUCUGUAGAAACCCUGUUCAGCUUCAUGCAGGAGCGCCAGAAAAGAUACGCCAAGUACGCUGAGCAGAUCCAGAAAGUGAACGAGAUGUCCGCCAUCCUCCGCCGCAUACAGAUGGGCAUCGACCAGACCGUGCCCCUGCUGGACAGGCUCAAUAGCAUGCUCCCCGAGGGCGAGCGGCUGGAGCCCUUCAGCAUGAAGCCUGACCGCGAGCUUAGGCUGUAGCUGCUUGGGGCCCGGAGCCUGCAACACCCAAACCUUGAGGAUGUUUGGAGCCAAAGUCGUAUCAUCUGACCAGGGCUGGAGUGAUAGCGCGAGGCUCUGGUACUCCCUGAAGCGGGUGUGAAGGAGUCCGGCUGGCGUGAAAAUCUGACUUUGCCCAACCCUUUUCCUUGAUGCAAUUUCCCUGUGUGAAAGGAACCAAACCAAUUCUCAGUGAUAACUGAAGCUGGAACAUGUGACUUAUUAGGAAUUCUUUGACGAACUCUGCAUCAAGAGUUAUUUUUAGUUUUUUUUUUUUUUUAAUUGAGAGUAUAUAGUAUAGUCCAGGUGCUGGAAUAAAAAUAUGGAGACAAGGGGAGAAAUAUGUUACGAAGCUCUGUGUUCUCAGUGCCUGAGGUGAACUUUCAGUCGGCUCUCCGGCUUAGGUGUUGUAAACAUGAAAAUCUAAUUGAAUCUA